AUCUGUUUCCUUCACGAAAAGCCAAAACCAAACCAGUAAAGUUCGAAAAUGAAAGGGGCAUUUAGGUAAUUCCAUCAAUAAUCAGUGGGCAAUGCAAAGCAGUAUUAAUUGGAGAGAUUCAACCAGCUCUACAAACAGUAGAGUUAAAACCAAUCUGUUGACGAAGAAGAUCAGAUGGCGUCCCAUCCUUCAGUUGCAGUUCUAAGCGCUCCAACGACACGACAGGCAUCGAUCCUUCUGUCUACGAGAUUCUUACCUCGACCUGAGGCUGUGUGCAACGUUUCAUCAUCUUCUAUAAGGCCAACAAGGCUGAGGGUGAAAGCGAUGGGAGGAGGAGCAAAGUUCAAGGGGACGCAGAUGAGGGAGAAGCAUCUGACAGAGAUGAUUGAGAAAAAAGUGGUGGAAGCCAAAGAGGUGUGCCAAGGAGAUGAGUCCUCCGACGAGUGCAAGGUAGCGUGGGAUGAGGUGGAGGAGGUCAGCCAGGCGAAGGCUGAUCUCAGGCUUAAGUUGGAGAAACAGGAUCCUCUCGAAUAUUUCUGCCAACAUAACCCUGAGACGGAUGAGUGUCGGGUUUAUCAAGAUUAGCUUUACCUGCGCUUCUCUUACUGCUCACUAAAACCACCCUUCGCCGCCGUCCACUGCUCCCCACUGAAUCUCAUCAUCAUCCAUACCGUCUUUCUUUUUUACUUUUACAUCCCUUGUCUUGUUGUAAAAUGUAAAUCAAGUCCCAAACAAUAAAAUAUGUAUGUUUGAGUCA